AGUAAGAUGUACAUGACUAGAGGUCAGCAUUUAGGUUAGAUUUUGAGCAUUCCUCUUACUGUUUUUGUAUAUUGGUGAAUGUUAGGGACUGCGGUUGUGAUCGUGAUGCUUGUGACCACAUUACUGAUGGUCCUGACCAUGCUUGUCGUGUGGCGGUGCCACUGGAUCCUUGUCCUUAUAUUCGCCCUUCUCUCGCUCGUGGUGGAACUGUCAUAUUUUUCGGCUGUGCUCUUAAAGAUUAAUGAAGGAGGCUGGGUUCCGCUCAUCAUAGCAGCAUUCUCUCUUUUGGUAAUGUUUGUUUGGAAUUACGUAACAGUCAAGAAGUAUGAGUUUGAAGUGCACAGUAGAGUUUCCAUGAGUUGGAUCCUCGGUCUCGGUCCUAGCCUUGGGCUUGUACGUGUCCCCGGGAUCGGGUUGGUCCACACUGAACUAGCGAGUGGUGUCCCUCACAUCUUCUCUCAUUUCAUCACUAACCUUCCCGCAAUUCACUCUGUCGUAGUCUUUGUCUGCGUCAAGAACCUUCUGGUAUACACCGUCCCUGAAGAAGAGAGGUUUCUUGUCAAAAGAAUCGGACCAAAGACAUUCCGAAUGUUUCGGUGCGUAGCCAGGUACUGUCCUUUCUUCUUAUCUGUUCUUUAGACAAGAUUUUUAAGACCGUUU